AGGGCUUUGACGUGGGGGGUAAGCAUACUGUAUCUCCUUCUCUCACACAUCAUUGGCAAUGACCCGACAGUCCGAUGAAAAUGAACGGCUUUUGGAGGCAAAUCAAACAGGGUCAAACUAUGGCUCUAUAACCAGAAGAGAAGACGCAGGAAUCUUGAAAAAGACAAUCCUUUGUGCUUCGCUUUUCACCUUUUUCGGAAUAAUGUGGGGUCACUUUUCCAGUCAAAUACCUGUCACAAAGGAAAAUUUAGGGAUAAGUGACCGACAUUUCGGUUUGCUUUUGUUGUUUGAUGAUUUAGGUGCUUUUAUAGGACAAGCUAUCGCCACUCGAUUACCGGCACUACUGCGUUCAACACUGCUUACACCUUUGAUAGGCUCUUGUGUCGUCACUGCAGUUGGUUUAUCCAACUUAUCUCGAACGCCAAAACAAUUUGGCGCAUCAACUUUGGCAAGCGGAAUUUUGGCAAGUUUUUUUGAUAUUGCGAUCAAUAUUCAAAUCGUCACACUUGGUGCAAUCACAGGUCGUGCUGAUGCACCUUUCUUUCAUGGACUCUUUAGUGGCGGGCAAUUGAUCGGAAGUGGGUUGGGAACACUUUUGACUAGGCUGGCCGUUCCGUUUGAUUUGCGUGUGAUCGGGAUGAUGAGCACGCUUGCUGUGAUAUAUUUGUUACACUUUCCAAUCGUUCGUGUGACUGGACAAAUUCGAAUUGACGAAGAUGAGAACACUGCUUCGGAUGAAACAUCACACAAUACAAACGACAACCAAAGCACACACCGACAAACGAUUCGUACACAAAUCAUCAUUCUCGCUGCUGUUGGGUUUUUCAGUUCGAUUUGCGAAGGAUCGUUGAGUGAAUGGGCAGGAAUCUACCUGAGACAGAAUCUGGGUACUUCUUUUGCCGUCGCAAAUUCUGCUGCGUUUGCCUAUUCGCUUGGAAUGACGCUUGCAAGGUUUGUGGGUACAUGGGCAGCACGUCGAAUCGGUUUGAAAGCUGUUAUGCUUUGGGGAAGUUUGAUUGCAGGUGUUGCGAUGUUUGUUGGACUUGCGUUGAACGACCAGAAUGCAUUCCUUAUUUCUUUGGUAUUUGCAGCGAUUGGUUUGGCAAAUAUCACUCCACUCUCAAUGGCAUUCUUGAGCAGUUUCGAUGCGGAUAAGCAAGCAAUAUCUGUUGCAAAGAUUUCACUAGCACAACAGAUCGGCUUUUUCGGUGGCCCAGUCGUGAUCGGAAAUGUUUCGGGUUGGGUUGGACUUCGACUUGCACUCACAAUUUUACCCUGUUCAAGUUUAGCAAUCAUGGCAUGGACAAUACCUUUAGACGUUUCAGCAAGAUAAAAAAUUAUCGCAUUAAUGUAUUAUA